ACUUGUUGUGCAUAUCAAGUUCUACCAAUCAUUAAAGAUGCACAGGGGCAACAUGGACUUCGACAUGGAGACUAUCAAAGAUACAGGUAUAGCAAGCUUUUUUUUAUAUCAUCUAGGUUGCAUACAACUUGCAUGGCAUAAAUUACAUUUGGAUUUUAUGGAGUGGCCAUUUGUUACAUUACAACAACAACAACAACAACAUAAACUUUAUUUUCACUUGAAUUUUGGAGUAGCUAGUGAGCCAAUGCAUUGUAUUAUUGCAUGUUAUUAGUUUACUUUCUUGCACUUUUGACACUGAAAAUACACAUUUUUCGAUAGACUGUGAGCAGUCUUUCUUUUGCUCAAAAGUUUGUGAGCAAGCACAAUAUGUGAUAAUGUGAGCCACGAGCAGCAAGUUGUGAAGGGCACCAGUAGAUAGGCCGGUCAAUGAAGUGAUGAUGUGCAUCUGCCAUCAGUAGCUCAUCAACAUCAGUUGGAGACCUGGCCCAUGCUUUAAAUGAAUUUGACCCUCCACAGGAUUUUGAGGAGUAAGGUAAUUUCAUGGGCACGUAUGUCAUGACACGGCAUUCAAUGUCAUGGAUAUGUGCAUAUUUAUUGAGUAAAACAAAAAGUAUCACUUUUCCUGCAUAUUACCUUUGUUUGUUUCGGGAAAGUUCUCUGAAAGAUGGACAUAAAAUUAUUAUAAAAUUGGAGUAGCACACAUGCUAUAAAAAAACAGAACAUGUAUGGAAAAAACGAGAGGCGGUGUGUAAAAGGUAAAAAAUUUUUUUGAGCCCAAAUGAAAAACUUUUUGAUAGAAAAGUAAAAGUAGCAAUAAUAGUCACUGAUGUUUAUUUUAAUGCAAAUCGUACUUUUUAAUUCAAAAUUUGAGAAAUGAAAAUCCAUGUAACAGAAAGGAUUCUUCUUAGUUCAAAACUCUCGGGUCAUUAAAAAGAAAAGAAUUUAUUUUAUUUAUUUAUACAUUUUGCCACAUAGAAUAGAUAUUACAGAAAGCAAAAGAAAAAGUAUUACUAAGACUGCAAAUUUACAGCUACAAAAAUGGUUCAAAAAAAAAUACCAUAAAUGUGCUGUGCGACAAAUUAAGGACUUUUUUUUUGUCCGGGAAAGUUCUCUGAAAGAUGGACAUAGAAAUAAUAAUUAAAAAAAACAGAACACGUGUCAAAUAUUUUGACCCCAACUGACCUUUUGAUAGAGAAGUGAACGGGCCCCAAUUUAACCAAAAGGCGGGUCGUAUUUAUUUUAUUUAUUUAUACAUUUUGCCACAUAGAAUAGAUAUUACAGAAAGCAAAAGAAAAAGUAUUACUAAGACUGCAAAUUUACAGCUACAAAAAUGGUUCAAAAUUAAAUGUAAUAUUAAGUGACUUAAGGUAGAAAAUCAAUAGAAGCUAAACAAAUGGGCUCCUCAUACUUAAGAGCCAGUGAAGAGACAAAUAGAUAUCUUUAAAGUGUCCCCUCUGAACGGAAAAUAUAAGUUGAGAAAAAGGUGAUUAAAAAGAUCCCUCGCUUCAUAAAUAAACUCGGUCCACAAAUACUUCUCAGGAAUCUGGGCCAAUUGGCAGUUGGAUAAGAUAACAUCCGUUCAAUCACUUUUAUUUUCAAGUAGCUUGGUGUUUCGACUUUCGAGCCACAUUUGCAUUAGAAUCAAUAGUGAGAUCAACUCUUUUUUCAUGGCUGUGGAAAUGAAAGAUCACAAAUGCAGCCAUUGCUCGGUCAAAAACCAAACUGGCUGGUAGAAGGAAAAGAAGAAAAGACAGUUUGGCGGCUUCCACUGAGCCAACUAUUAACAAUUGCAAUUGAUUGGGUAACCAGUAUUUUUCUUCUGUUUCAGGUCUAGUUUAGCUUACAGUAAGUUUUUUUUUUUACUACAUUGGCAAAUAACUGAGAUAAUUAAUACUUAGUUAUGAUUUUUAUGUAGUCUGACUCUGACUACUCUGAGUAAACAUGCUAAGACUAAUGGACAAAGUGUUCUUUUUCAUUUUCAUUUGUUGAAAUUUCUUUCCAUUGCUUCUUUAAUAUUCUUCUUUCGUGUCGUUGUUCAUUGAGAUUUGCUUUUACCCUUCACUUUGUGUGCUUUUUUGUCCGCCAUGGACAAAGAAACAAAACAACAAAAAAAUAAUGCUGUGUCGAGUCGCUAACUUAAAGAAAAACAUUUCUGAUUAUUCAUCCACCGGCCAUGGAAAUUCCUGCCAAAAACAGCAAAGUGCUGUCAAUCAAAAAGAGUAACUUUUACUUCUGGUACAAACGAAACACCGUCAUUUCUCCUCCAAUAUUUACUCUUCUCCAUUUUUUCUUUCUUUUUCAUAAAGAUCGGACUUAAGGACAGUGCCCACUAAUGGGAAGUAUUUUUUCCCAGAUAAUGACUAUGUGACAAGUAGAUCAUGUCAGGAGCUAUUGAAAUCCAAAAAGAAAACUGGGGGUAACCACGCAUUUUUCAGAGAUAACUGCGCUUCAAUAUGGAGAAAAACGCUGAAUAGGCGUUUUUUAGAAAAAUGAUAAAAAGUUAUUUUUCCCAAAAUUUCAGAGUGUACGCGUGAGCUGGCACAAAUGCAAUGAUAAUUGUAACUAGUUUUAAAAAUAGGCAACAAAUGAUAACAUAACAACUGCUCUUUAUACGUCUUUUUUUGAAAUAUCAGCACAACUGGGAAGUUAUCAGCAGUUACCCCUCUCCACGCGUUUGCCUCAUAAAUAGUGUAAACGACAUUUUCCCCGAACCAAAAAUUGAUCGUUUGCUGGGUAGGCUUAUUACUUUCAUUUGGUAAGAUAAAAAGUAGGGGUUACCACGCGUUUUUAGAAGUUAAAUUGGUUGGUUUCGACCUUAACUUAAUUGCUUUGGGGGUUAUUUACAAUAUGAUAAUAUGAUAAUUGUAACUAGUUUUAAAAAUAGGCAACAAAUGAUAACAUAACAACUGCUCUUUAUACGUCUUUUUUUGAAAUAUCAGCACAACUGGGAAGUUAUCAGCAGUUACCCCUCUCCACGCGUUUGCCUCAUAAAUAGUGUAAACGACAUUUUCCCCGAACCAAAAAUUGAUCGUUUGCUGGGUAGGCUUAUUACUUUCAUUUGGUAAGAUAAAAAGUAGGGGUUACCACGCGUUUUUAGAAGUUAAAUUGGUUGGUUUCGACCUUAACUUAAUUGCUUUUGGGGUUAUUUACAAUUUUCCCCAUCCCCUCCCCGGUCAGUUUCACUAUUGCUUCACUCAACGCGGAGUACUCUGGGAUAUCCACAAUGGCUAACAGUCAGAGAAAACAACAACACACGGAGGAGAACAAAAACAGAAGUUGAAGCACGGCAUUUCAUGGACUCCAAGGAAAACAAAUUAUACUAUUUCAUGCAACUGGAACUUCUCCGUCUCAAACAUUUAACAAAAAUUUUUGGAGAAGAGCAAUCUCCAAGGUAUUACAGAUUGCUUACAGCGCACAUAGAGUAGUAUGGCGAGUUCAAGAUCCACAGUUGGUGCUGUAAACAAACUACUAUACUGUAGUGGAAUAGUCGACAGCGAUUCUUAGACAGGUACUCCUUCAAUCGUUUGCUAACCUGUACAUGUCCCCAAGAUUUUUUGAACUGUAGAUGUAAUAUGGAUUGUAAACCUUCUAUCGUUUUUUUAGUCAUUUUACCGGGUACUUCGAUCGAAUAUGUUAUUUAACUUGCAUACAUUCAAUGAGCUUAUAUCUGUGCUUUAAGCUAUCUCUUUCGGGCUUUGCCACAAGUGUCAUAUGACAUAAAUGACUUGCACUGACUGAAGUUCCAUACAUGAGCUCUCUUUCAAAAAGCUGAAUAGUGUGAAAGUAGUUGUAACGAAUACGUUUAUGUACCCUCAUAUGUACACUGGGCUAUAAUGAUCAUUUUAUAUAUUUCGUUUUGAUUUUUUUUUACCGUAGCAUUCUGUGUCAUGAUCAUUCACUAUUUUUCGUUUCCAAAUGUUAAUGUUAGACUUAACAGUGUCUGUGAAACCUAAGAAAGACUUAGAAUGGAAAUACUUUAUUUUGCCCCCGGCUUCCAUCUUUAGUUUGUAAACAGCCAAAUGGCAGCUAUGUCUAAAUGUCCAGAUUAUGUGUGGCGUGAAAUUGAACCUUAUGAAAUACUAUCUACACGACAAGCUGCCAAAUGAGUCAAUAAUUUCAAUGCUUGGUAAUGCCAAAAUGCUUAAAUAACAAUGAUAAUAGUAAAAAGCAUAACAAUUUUUUUAUCAUUUUUUCCAUGGUGAAAGUGUUUCCUUUGCGGUCAGCGACUAAUUGUGAAGCUGCGAUCUCAGCAAUCCAAACAAUCUUGUGAUAGUUUUUUUCUCCAGUUGUUUGUUCAACAAAUAAAAGCCUCGGACUCUCAAUAAAAGGGACAUCUGUAUGUACUCGAACGCUUUAAAUCUAUCUUCUGGUGAAUAAUUACAUAAAAUCUUACAAAAUUAAAGAAAUAUUCGGGAAAGUGUUUAUAGCCGAUUAGCCGAUAAAACGCGAAGAACGCGAGUGACAGGUAAGCUUGCAGUUUCUCGAUUAAGCGGAGGACGUAGGGCUAUUUUCCUUCUGAUUUACUGAUCCUUGCCUAUUAAGGGAUUUUUUAAUACCCAGGCUCUAAGUGUAACAUCUUGAAGCAAUAACUUUUGAUGUUUUAGAAUUGACUUUUGUUUGACUAUAAAAUGUUCAGUCAGAUCGAUCAUACGUAGAAAUAGCAACACUCGCAUACUUCUUCGGUUUUCAAAGAACUGAUACGGUAAAUAGAAAUCAUUUUUCAUCGGUUGAAAAACGACGCAUCUUUUCCACAAGAAAUAACUCGAGCCUCCCCCGGUCCCCAGACUUACAGGGGACAAAACCAGUCCGUGCAUCCUGCGUGUUGCACAUUUCUUUCGCGUCGCGCGCGACUACCUUGGCAUGCGCAGAAAAUGACUGCAGUAAUUAUAGUGGGCACCGUCCUUAAAACUUGACUAUGAGCCAAAAAUCAAAAUUUUAACAAAAUGAUUCAUCUGAGGGUAUCUGGUAAGCUUCAGAGAUCCAUGUGUUAUGUCCAGCACCAAAACAUGUCGAUUUGCACAACUUUUUUGCCUACGUUUUUCUCAAUUAAGGUGACUCGACCCAGUUUUUUUGGGGGGUACCAUCCUACUUUGAAGCUCUCUGGUAUCCCCACCUUUACUUUUAUCGUAAGUCUAACACAUGAUAUAGAAUGGAUAACAUAUAGAUCAAUCUACAAUAUAACAUAAAAUUUUUGGCAAUCGGAGUAAAUGUCACGUGGUUAUAAUGCCACGCCCCUUUGAGGUCUGAGUCGAAAAUCUGCUGUUGCUGGCAUGUUUUCGUGAAAAUCUCUCGGCUACACAUAGUGCACAUUAGUGCCUUGCGCUGAACAGAGUUUCACCAAAAUCGCAAAGACCCAAUUCGAGAAAUUCAGCGGUUUCCAAAUUUAGGUCAUAAUUUAUGUGAAAAUGAUAAGCAAACUUUACACGGAUUAUAUCUAAUAAACUAUGAGAUUCAUCUCUGUAUUUUGAGCAUCGUUAUAACAGAUGGGUCCUCGCAACUCAGCAAAACAAUUUAGGGCCUUGCAAACGUGCACGAUUUCAAGCAAAGCAAACAUAUAGAAAUUAUAGUUUUCGCUAUUUGUUGACGUUUGUCAGCGUUUAAGAGUCCUUCUCACGUAAAAAGCAUUUUCUUAAAAAUUCAUAUUUUUUUUUCCUUCAAAUUUUUUCAGGGCCACAAUUGAUUAACUAACUACCCGGACUCUGAAUUUCAUGGUCAUUGAAAAACUGUGACAUUAUCUUCUAUAAGCCCAAACUUGAGUAAACACUGAAGAUUUUUAGCGUUUUGGCUGAGUUUGUGCUUUGGGAGUUGUCUAUUGUUUCUAGUCUGUCAUGAUACAGCAUUCUUGUUCAGCACGCGUGACCGCGCUUGGCUGACUUAAUUCCGAAUGCUCACCUAGAUAUGAUAAUUUUGGUACAGUGAUACAUAGAGGUUUAACUCACAAUUUUUAAUCAAUUCUUGUGCUUCUUGUGCCUUUGCAAAAAACUCAAGACUGAAGUGCUACACACUAAAACUACUUACUAUUAAAAAAAUAUCAUUUUUUCAUAGGUUUAAUGCAAGCCAAUAAUUAAACCAACUCGUGACGGGAAUCCCUUCUAUUUUCUUGUACUAAAUUGUCAUAUCUCGGUGAGCAUUCGGAAGUCAGCCAAGCGUGGUCAUUGCACGCGCGCUGAACAAGAAUGCUGUAUAAUGACAGACUAGAAACAAUAGACAACUCCCAAAGCACAAACUCAGCCAAAACGCUAAAAAUCUUCAAUGUUUACUCAAGUUUGGGCUUAUAGAAGGUAGUGUCAAAGUUUUUCAAUGACCAUGAAUUUCAGAGUCCGGGUAGUUAGUUAAUCAAUUGUGGCCCUGAAAAAAUUUGAAGGAAAAAAAAAUAUGAAUUUUUAAGAAAAUGCUUUUUACGUGAGAAGGACUCUUAAACGCUGACAAACGUCAACAAAUAGCGAAAACUAUAAUUUCUAUAUGUUUGCUUUGCUCGAAAUCGCGCGCAUUUGCAAGGCCCUAAAUUGUUUUGCUGAGUUGCAAGGACCCAUCUGUUAUAACGAUGCUCAAAAUACAGAGAUGAAUCUCAUAGUUUAUUAGAUAUAAUCCGUGUAAAGUUUGCUUAUCAUUUUCGUAUAAAUUAUGACCUAAAUUUGGAAACCGCUGAAUUUCUCGAAUUGGGUCUUUGCGAUUUUGGUGAAACUCUGUUCAGCGCAAGGCACUAAUGUGCACUAUGUGUAGCCGAGAGAUUUUCACGAAAAAAUGCCGGCAACAGCAGAUUUUCGACUCAGACCUCAAAGGGGCGUGGCAUUAUAACCACGUGACAUUUACUCCGAUCACCAAGAAUUUUAUGUUAUAUUGUAGAUUGAUCUAUAUGUUAUCCAUUCUAUGUGUUAGACUUACGAUAAAAGUAAAGGUGGGGAUACCAGAGAGCUUCAAAGUAGGAUGGUACCCCCCCAAAAAAACUGGGUCGAGUCACCUUAAGUUCCUGUUGUAUGGACGUAAUAUUCAUGAGGGCUCUGCAUUAAUUCUCACUUUGGUUGCACAGUUUUUGCAUACACAAUGGAAAACAGGUCACUUUGGAACACUGUACAUCCACCCUGAUCAAAAAUAGAGGAUAGAGAAGGCCUUACUGCUCCCCUUCAACAAAAGACAUUAAAAAUAUUUUCCAAAUUUUGAUGUGUACAGCUGUCAUCCCUCAUUCAUCUGAAAGUUUGCCAGUGGUGGUUUUAGAAGAUAAAUGUCCAUAAACAGUUUUAAUAGAACGCUUGCACAAACAACAAAAAUCGUUUGACUGAUCUGAAUAUUUUUCCUCUCCCUGUUAGAAACAGGCUUCUUUGGUGUGGUACUGCUUAUCGCAUAUUCCAUACUUUGAUCACUUUGAUUGAUUCCCGUGAAAAAUUUGACACUAGGUAUCACUUUCAAAAAUGAACGUGGAUGAUGUGUGCCAGGGCAGUCUUUCUUUUUGCUGGUACUGGCACUCACACAACUUGCUGCUUGCAGCUUCAUUGGUCGCACACUCACAUUUCACACACGCUCAGAGACUGUUCAAAGUCUAUAAUACUAUCCAUUACAGAAAUGCUCUCAAUUGAAAAACAUCACCAGCCUGUGAAAAAGUGGAUACCCAUUAUUUGCAAACACGAAUUCAGGUUUCAUAGGUUACCCUGGUCAUCACCUUUUGGACUCUUGGGAACCUUAGGGCAACUACUAUAAAAAUUCUCACACCUUCAUGACACAAAACUUUUUUAUCAUUGGCCAGAUAAAGCUACUACUGAAAAGAAAAUAAUAUUCAUGAAACAAAAAGCAUUUUCUUUUGUGUAUUCUGUCAUUUCAAACACCUCCCAAUCUUGUAGUCUGUUGGGAAUUGACUUUAUGGCAAAACAGAUAAAAUAUCUAUAUGAAGAUAAAAUUCUUCUAAAUUAAAUCAGUCAGUGAUAAUUAAAAGUUUGUCUGAAUAAAAACAUAAAGCUGCAUUUAUUAUUACCCAAAGUGGCAGGUGCUUUUAUGAGGAAAGAGAUUGCAGUUGAGGCAAUCAAGUAUCAUAAUAGGUUAUAACUAUCACUAUUUACUACAUCAUUUAAACAAAGUAAUAUUAUGUUAGCAAUUGACACUCUCUAUAUAAUUUUACGUUUGUUUGCAUUUCAAAGCUCAGCAUUUUUCAGUGGGCAUGUUUCUGUAAUGCAGGGUUGUCACUAAGAUUCUAAGGUGAAUAAGUAACAUAAACAGCAAGUACAUGUAUGCAGAAAAUGAAACAGCUAGGGAUUUCUGUUGAUUCUAUGUUUCUCCUAUAUUGCUGUAAAACUAGCGGUAGUACCUAGGCAAAUUUCGUGCCCCUGACACUUACUAACAACCUUCCUAUUAUAAUCAUAUUUUCUGUAAUUUCAAGGCAAUACUGUCAGCGUAGGCUGAGACGAUUAUACAAAACAAUGAAUUUCCAGCAUGGAUCUCGCCAUUCAUUUAAAGCAAAAAAAGUGACACAGGAGUUACUUAACGAUGUCAAGUAAGUAUAGUAAGGUAGACUUUAAAUAAGGUAAUAUCUUUCAAAAUUACCUUUCUUAAUUGUGGAAGAAACAAAUGCUUUUCAUUCAACAAAUUGUACAAAGGGCUAGUGCUCAAAACUUGUUAUUCUCUCUAUGACCCUUAGUUACUUAGUAGAAAACUUAGACCGCGAGCGACGGUCCUUCUUUCCUCAUUGCCACUAGUGGCGAGCAAAAAAGUGAAAUUAUACAAAGUAAUGGUAGAAAGGAGGAGAGAUUACGGGAAAGGAGGUUUAUUGUAUUUUGAAUUACCGUUUCAGUGAAACCGAAAUUCACGAUUGACCAGCUGCUUGUCAAUCUGUCAACAACAAAAACAUCUGAGUCACAAAGAAGUCUAAUUUUUAGGGGCGGGAUGGCAGGAUUCCAUAUUGAACAGGAAAUAAUAGAAUAUUGAACAAAAUGCAGCCAGUUGUGGUUGUGGUCAACAACAAACAACAACAAUAACGUAAUUACCUGACUAGCAACACAUUAGUUGCAAACAUAUCCGAAAUCUCGGUGGAACUCAAAGAACUGCGAAAUUGGGUAGCAUGCUGGAGUGACUCUGUGAGUGUCACUGGUUUUUCAUCAGUUGAAUGAGACCACUUUGUUUGCCACGUUAAAUUUUCAUUGUAAAAGUCUCUCUUCUUUGAAAGAUAGGUUUUGUAGGUUUCAUAAAUCUUCUCUUGUAGUCUGCUGUUGAAAGCAUUCAGCUUUGCUGGAACAAGAUAUUGUCCUAAGAAAUGAUUCUCUUGUGACAGAAGCCUGACAUUUAGUUCUUGUGCGAGGUGGUCGAUUAAAAAAGGAAAAACACGGCUCUUUGCCAAUACAUCUCUGGCAUUUCUGCCGGGAUAUUAGGGACUUUAAGCAAAGACUACGGAAGGUUCUAGUACGGUGACCGAAAGCAAAUUUUUUUUGCCACCCGUCAAUGCCUCAAGCCAGGGAGUUUAAGAUACUACGACGGCUAUAGUGGUGAAAACAUCCCUUAAAAGUGUAUUCGCGUUUUUUUAUUCUUUAUCGCGAUUAUUCCAACUUGUUUACUUUGUCAAAUGUUGGCGAACCCUUCCUGAGCUUGAAGCCAUGCAGUGACCCUCCAACAGCAAGGAAAUGUUAAAAAAAAUAUUCAUUUAAAAAGGGCGAUUCAUGGGCAAAUUCAGGGCUUGCCUGUAUUUUAUCAGUCUUGUUCACACCACCUGGUAAAAUGAUAUGCCUUAUGAAAUGCUCUUUCCCAUCAACUGUAUUUUGUAAAUUUGGCUGUAUUUUUCACUUGGGUGUUGUGCUUGACACUGAAAUUUGAGGCUCAUGAUCAAAACAUGAACCUUCAGAAAUUUUCACGGUUGACGGAAAAAGGAUCAAAUGCGUAUAUAUUGCAAUUCUGUUUCAAACAUACACUGGCGUUCUAAGAAUGUAAAAUGCAACUAAACACUUAAUGUACCAGACACUAUGGCCCGCUGUGAUCUUCUACUUACUCGGGAAGUGAAGUACGGCUAGUCAAUAAGUUUAAUUAGCAAAUCAACAACUUUGCACGUGCAUUUUAUUGUUUUAUCAACAUUUCUUUGGCAUCACUGCAUGGCCACGAUGUGAAAAUGCCUAACUUCACAUUUUAUUGAGGACAUAAACAAAUGAAGACAAACGUUUUUCCUCUGUGAGUAUGAGUUUGCCUACAUUUGACAAAAUAAACGACUUGUAAUGAUCGUGAAAAAGUCGUUGCCUGCUUAAAGUCUCUAUUCGCUCUGUGUUGCUGUGUGUUGUCAACAUUGGCUGCUAGCUGUUUUCCUUGCUCAUACAGCUCUUUCCAAACUGAUGGAUCAUUUCUCUCUGUGUUCAUGACAUUUAUCACCACAGUUACUUCUUCUGCUGCUUCAAUAAGAUUUACAUUACUUUCCUUGAAGCAUCUUUUAUAAGGAGACUGUGUUGGAAAGUACAUGUUCAGUAGCAGAAAGGGUGAUGAUGAAAUCAAAUUGUUUGAUGGAACACAAACACCCCCUUGCCUUCCCAUCUCCAUCUUCUGAAAGAGUCUCUCAAUUCUGAACUCUGCUUGAGUUGUCAUGAAUUUCUCAGCCAAUACCGCAGCUUUUGUGCUUUCUGCCUCUACGAAUCCUAGAAACUCCUCUCUCACCUCCAAGGUGCUAUCUUCAUCUUUCCUGUCUACAAAGCAGACACAAAUUGAGAUUUGUUCCAUUGUGGAAGCAUCUGUUGCCUCAUUUGCCAAAAACAUAAAAUUGAGCUCUGUUACAGUCUUUUAUAAAAGAUUUGCGGAUGCCGUCUGCACAAAGUACAAUGAGUUCGUUCUGAAUCCUUUGUGAGGUUUACUUUGCUGUGUUGCCAAAUUUGCGAAGAAAUUUUAAAAGAGUUACACUUCAACGUGAUAAAGAAUUUAUUGAGUCUAUUUUUUAUUCAUGGUUUUAUAACGAUGUGUAACCUUAAAAAGCAUUUGAUACACUCGGCAUUUUGAGUACUCCUGCAAGCGAUGUUUAUGAACCGCUGAAAACAAGUGGCAAGGCGAUGAAAAUUACACUUUUGAGACUACCAACAAUCAAUAAAGAAAUAUAAUUCGGAAGAACAUUUACAGAGACAACAAUUUUCAUUCACGAAAACAAAUGAGUAUUUAAGUGUCUCUAAGAAUCCUAAAGUCUUUAGUAGUAAGCUGAAAGAUUAAGUUUAUGUUUUAAGCCGCCAGUUUCCCGGGCCUGUUCGCUGUUUUGAAAGAUAAACUCAGGACAAGAAAAUUGCUCAAAGCUUUCUUUCUACAGCCAAAAUUAUAACUAAAUAUUCUUCGGUAAGUCUUUUCUUUCUAUUUACGGUGAAUUAAUAUUGACUAAAGGCUUUUUAAAGUUCUGGAAGCUUAAGCUUAGAUCAAACCUCAUACUAGGUCAGAUCAGUGUCUCAGUCAAAUCUUAAUACAAACGUGCAUAAACUAGCUUCAUAAACUGCGCCGGUGGACUUCAUGAAAUUAGAUAUAAAUACAAUAAUUACUUAGGCUUACCAUAUUUCGAGAUGCAGCUCCUGAAAGCUAUCGAGUAAGGCAAGGAUCGCUUGAGCCUUUAUAAUUCUUGCACGCAUCCAGCAACGUGAAAAACAAAAAUGAUGCCAUCCGAAAUCGGAUUAUCGGCUUUGACAAGCGACGCAUUUCUCAACCCAAAACCCAAUAAACAAACCAGCCAUGAUUAAGAGAACACUCUUGAUAGCAGCUGUAUUUCAUUUUGUACAUCCAGUGGAAAAAGACAGUUAAAAACAUCACAAGUCGACUCAAAACUCUGUCAGCUUCUGCUGUCAAAUUAAUUAACUUUCAAGAUGCUGCAUAAAUUUUACGCAUGAACUCACCUGUCAAAUUUUAACCAAUCAGAGCAUAAAAACUGGCCGUGGAGCGUGGCCAACACGUGACCAUGGUAAGAAAAGGUCUUCCCCACCUGUAUUUUAAAAAAACUGGCUGAAUCUUUCCAUCUGAGGUCAGUUUGAAAUCAAAAUCGUAAUAGUGCGGGGCGAUACUGACAAAAACACAACAUAUUUGAUAUGAAUUUAAAAAAAAGUAAAUGUGAGCCUGCAAUCAUUUGAAAACGAAUAAAUUGUCAGCGGAUAACUUCAAAAAAUACUCGACCUUGAUGGGUCGAAACCUGAGCCCGCGAUACGGUCAGGUGAUACUGGUCAGCGGAUACCCUAUUUUGACAGCUGUCAAUUGAUGACAACAUUGAUGUGCCAUCAGCUUCCUCCUGGGCUCCCAAAGUAGCUAGAAAGUGUGAGAGUAAACAUUGGUAUGUCUGUGGUGCGGACGGACGGUCGGUCGCUCGGUCGGUCGGUCACGUGAUUACCAAAUUUUCUGGGAUGGGUAGAUUACCUUAGCUAUGGGGCUCCACCCACACGCGCACUUCGCGUGCGCAUAGAGCUCCGCUAUCAAAAAAUUUAGAAGACCCUACUUGUUUCAUUCAAACAUUUCAAAUUCCCCAACCCUCUUGAAAUAUGUAUAACUUGACCCCCCCCCUCCCCACCUACUCGCUCGUUCCAUCACCUCCUAACCUGGAACUUACUGUAAUAAAAAAAUCAUCCCCCUUUUAACAUCUUAAAUUUUUGGGGUACCCCCAAUUUCUCAUCAAUUCCCCCUCCCCCAACAGGUUUUUGUGAAUACUCCUUAAAGUCAUAAUCGCAAGAGAUGAAUAUAAGUACACACACCAUGUAAUACUUGUAAAGUAAACAAUAAAUAAAGACAAUAAAAUGAGAGUUUUAAUUUUCAUAAUUUAUUAGGGUUUAAAAGGUAUCGUGAAGCACAGGUAAUCCAGGCUCUGUGAUAGUACUACAGUACAGUUCCAGUAAAAUUACAGUGUUUGUACUAUGGGGUAAAAAUAAGAUCCUAAAAUUUUUUAGGAAAUACUAAAAAGGAAACUUACUCUGCAGUUAGGUGUUGUUGUCAUUAACGUUCAAACGAAUUUUUGUGAUAAUUUGCUCAAAUUCACCCUCCAAACAAUAUAAUAUACAAGGUAGGAGGCACGAGAUGGCAUCUUGGCCACCAUGCUCCCUUUCCAACACAACUUUUUCCACAAAAUUUGAACUCCAAUGGUAAAUAAACGUGCUAGGAUCGUAGAAAUAGGAUAGCAGCAGAUAUAGAAACCAAUGAAGCUUUCCCAGCUAGCGCAAUUAAACCAGCAGACUUUAACAAACUCAAGUUGUUGUGCCAAAGUGGCCGGGUCAGAUCAGUGCACAGCCAAGCAAAUGAGACUUUAGGAUCAUAUUUUUCCCCAUACAAACACUACAAUUUUACUGGAACCGUACUGUGGUACUAUUACAGAGCCCGGGGUUACCUAUGGUUAGGGACUGGUCAAAAAGUAUAGGGGGGGGGGCGGAGCAUUUGGAAAUGUGGCUGAUAAAAAACACAUGACCCACCCCCUCCCUUCGGCACAAAAAUGACUGACCCACCCCUAAAGCAAGGUUGGAAAUUGCAUGACCCACCCCCUAGUUAAAACAUGGAUGUUUGGUUUCCUCUAAGGCCAUCCCCUUUUUUUUGUUCGUUUACUGUCGAACGCGUUUCCUGAUAUUGGGUCGGUCGGUCAGAUUGAAAAAAAAAAAAACCUAAAAAAUAAAUCACAAGAAGUCUCGGAAUAGUAAGCCCUGGUACCCCAGGACGACGUUAAAAGUUAACAUUCACAUAUUUGGAUUAACAAAAUGUACAAUAUACUGUGAAAAAUGUUCAUGUUUUGUUCCUGUUUUUCUCUAUGCUGCUACUGUGCUCAUUUUUGAGGUUAAAAGAAUUAUUUCAAGUGAAAAAUGGUGUAACUACGUCGUUACUUUUUUUUGUUUUGAAAAUGCCAAAUAUUUGGGUCGGUCGGAUGACGGUAAACGGAGAAAAAAAAAAGAGGAUGGCCUAACCUUGUUCUGUGCUUGACAAAAUUUGUUGAUACACUGCUACAACCAAUAUCAAAAUCACAGAAAUCAUACCUUUCACUGAAAAGACAAAUGUGAAAAACCGAACAUUUCUUGUUUCGAUGGACGUUUUGAGUCUUGACACAAAUAUACAGCAAAACAAGGGUAUAUUGAAAUUUUCUGUCACAAAGCAUAUGAAAAUUUCUACAAAGACAACCCAUUCCUACACAUUACUUGCCGGAAAUUCUUAGAUUAAUCCUCAAAGAAAAUUUCUUCCACUUCAAUGGAAAGCACUACCUACAAAACCAUGGAACUGCAAUGGGCACAAAGACAGCAGUUUUGAUUCCUUUGCCAAUAUUUUCAUGACAUAUAAUUAUUGAAACAAUAACUCUAAGCAAAACUGUCCUUAGAACAACAGUUUGGAAAUGCUACAUACACGAUAUCUUUUCCCUAUGGGACAAUAAGUAAAGCAGACAUCGAAGCCUUCAUUGAACAAGCAAACUUACAUCACCCAACUUUUAAAUUAAACAUGAAACAUUUGACACUGAGAUGCAGCGUUUUUAGACACGGUUGUAUACAAAGGCACAAGAUUCAAGAAAAUAUCUAUCCUUGAUGAUGCAAAGACACAUUUUAAACAAACAGAAACCUUCUUGCACACACAUUUCACCUUGUGUCACCCUCCAAGUGUUAAAAAAGGAUUUGUCAAAGGAGAAGCCUUGAGAAUCCUACGAAAAAACUCCUCAGAAACAACCUUUGAGGAAAAUUUAACAAAAAAAAAACGCUCGAUGGACAGAGGCUACCCACAAACUUUGAUAGAAGACCUACUAUCAGAAAUAAAAUUCACAAAAACGAGUCUAAACUCCCAAAACAAAACAUACAAGGAGGAAAAAAAAAUAUUGCCAUUUGUGACACAAUGCCAACCCUCAAUGUCUACAAUAAAGGAAAGCUUGAAUAAUAAAAAUGGGAUCUUAUACAAAACCAACCAUACCUUCCAUAACUUUUUGAGGAACCACCAAUCAUUUCCUUACAAAAAAGGAAAAUCAUUAAAGGACAUGCUCGUUAGAGCAAAAAAAAAAAAAGGUUAACAAAGGGUUUCACACCCGUAUAGAUGCAUGUGCGGCCUGUCACCCGUUACAUUUUCUCGCACAACAGGUUUGUGAGUAUUUUAGCAAUAAUUCCAGCUGGCUGUGUUUUAUAUAACAAGUGUGGUCAACUGUCUCGUUAGUACUUAGUGCUUAUCUAUGUAAUAAAAUAGGGUGACCGACCCCUUAAGGGUAGCUGAAAAUUGCACGACCCACCCCUUCGACAAGGCUCAAAACCUCAUGACCCACCCCCUCUCUGCUCCGGCCCACCCCCGCCUAUACUUUUUGACCAGUCCCUUAUGCUCUGAUUAUGUUUUGUUUGCAAGGUAUCUACAUAUUCCUCUGAUGGAUGCGGAGAGGGCGUGGAGCCAUGCCAUGGAGUUAAAACUGUUAGCUAACACAGAAUUACGUAAAAAGUUUCAUUACAUCAGAAGACUGCGUAAGGCAGCAAGUCACGCAAGCCAGCUUGAGGAACUCUGCCAUGCUGAAGCCUGUGAUGCAAGAACCAAACUUGAGUCCCAGGUACUUUAGAUGUAGCAUUGCCAAAGUAACCAAAAUUAAGGUCUAAUUGAAGGCAAGCCUGAAAAAGACCGCAGUAUCAAAUCCCCUCUCUGAUUCACAGGCAAACUAGCAGUUUAUCAGAGGUCACUUUGGCCUUAAUGUUUCUCACAAUCCUUCAACUAUUACUUCAGGUCUUUUAUAGCUUUAUAUCCCUCUUCAUGGUAAAAGGUGAUCCUAUUGUAGCAUUAUUUUACUUGUGUCUCUAAUACCAAAAGGGGACAUAAGGGGUUUACUUGUAAUAAAAAUGACUUUUGGCCAAAAGGAGGUAUCAGGAUUGCUUAUUACAAUAAUAUCAUUGAAACAUGUGGUUAUAUCCAUUCUCUAAGAUCUCUGUAUUCUCUUCAUGGUUUUUAAGGAGCAAUGACAAUUUAUUAAUGAUUAUUUGUUCAAAAUAUUUUGUUGUUUCUGAUUGACUCCAAUCCCCUAUUUGGUCCAUUCCUCUCAUCAUGACCAGUUGGGGGAGGAUGGAGAAUGUUAUUCACUUGGAGGGAGUAGUUUGCAGGUUGCAGCUUGCUGGUCAGAAUUUGUUACGUGACAUAAGGUCACAGUGGAUGUUUCACUCUUAAAUAGUACUUCCAAGCAACGUUGAUAUUGAUGGGCCUGUGAUGUUAUUUGUCACCAUAUCUGUAAUAUGCGUGAGACACCAUAACGAUUGGUAUAUGGAAAUGUUUUGUAGGAACUGGAAGUUGGUGAGAAUAGCUCUUAAAGACUUCCCUUGCACCAGAAUUGGGUCCAGAUCCUUCAGGGCGCCUGAAUAUGAGUGAGAAGACAAAAGAAAAAUGUUUGGAAAAAGGAAGUCCCAGAGGUUUCCCUCAAAAAAAAAAAUCAGACACUGGUAGUUAAGAUCGAAGAACGUGAGUGUAGUGGGACAGUUCAUGCUGUUAUAUAUGAGGUAGAUAAGUCUAAAAUCGGCUCGAACCACUCCGGGUUAACACAUGCGUAGCUUCUUUACCAAAAUAAAUUAGUCCGUCUCGUAGUGAAGUGUUGUGUUCUCAGUUCUACUGGUAUCAAAUCCUUCUACAAAAGUGGUGGAGAAUCCAUUUCAAGUACAAAUGCCUGCUGCUAUCGAAGAACUUCAAGGCGGUGUUGCCGGUCUCAGCGAAGUUGUCAAAGGUUUAGUUAACACCGUUCAACAACAAUCUGCCCUGCUGCAAGCUCACACUACAGCUUCAACGUCACAAGCACAAGCAAACUGAGCCAAAACAGUAAAAAUAAAUGCAUAGCAAAGAUUCAUGGUGGUUUACCAUUUAUAAAAAAAAUCCAGAAAUUUUGGUUGUGAAUUUUCAUUCGGUAAGAUCGGCAGGUGUUGUUUACCAUUUGCCUAAAAUUUCAGGAUUGUUGCGCCGCACAAGCCUGGAUUCUAGUUACAACAUGAAACAAGUACAAAGUAUUACAUACCAUAAACUUGCCAUAAAUACUUACUGUUUUAAGAAAAAAGAACUCAUUUUCUGGUACGUAUCUCUUUUUCUACCCUCAUCUGCACUCAUAUCGUCCUAUUUUUCCCCUUCCUAAAUUCCGUUUUUCACCGGAACAUGAAACAAUCUUAUCAACUAGCUGUGACUUAUCCGUCAUUAUGACUCAGUGAAUUGUUGAUUACAAGUCAUUUAUAGGCCAAUUAACGCUAACUCAGGGUUAAAUUUUAAUCUGGGUUUCUUUUGAAUUUCUUUUGUUCAUAGCCAUUUUCUCGAAAUUAUUUGUAGAGAAAAUGAAUGAACCUGAAUUUGCCUUUUAAGCUUUUAAAAUUCUAAAUUCCAAUUUUGCCCAAACCCAGGGUUAUCUUACCCAGCUUUGAAAACCCGACACAGGUUUUCUUUGAUGCACAAAUAGAAAUAGACAUAAAACGUUCAUCUAAAUUAAUUAUGGUUUCACUUGUGACAAAUCUACCAAAGAUUCCAGCCAGUUAAGUAUUAGUCUACUUACAAUAAAAAGGCAUUACAUGCUUGGGAUUCUGUAACACUUGACAUCAUUUUGGGCAAGAUGAAGAUCUUGGCUUCCAACUCAGCAUAGUUGAAUUUUUUUCUCUUGAAUCAACACUGGUGCACUGAUUGGUGCAAGGAAAAUAACCUACGCGUAUUGGCCAUUGUCAACCACUGUCUUUGAAAUGUCCAUGAAGAGGUUCUCACCUGAUGGAGAAAUUUGCUUGUUCCUAAAGAGAGAGAGCGAGAACGAUACUCAAACCAAAUCAGGUUGCACCUGAGGGCGGGGAAGAGGAGGGAGGCCUUGUGGACGGGCUCACACAACCCAGAGAGGUCAAACAGUUGAUGGAGGUCAAAGGAGAGGAACGCAAGGUAUAAGAUCAGGAGGGGUAGAGAGUAGGGCAAGUGCUUGUUGAGGGUCGAGAUGACAUGGACGUGGAAGAGGACUGUGGAAGAGGACACAGGAGGGUAGGAUUGGUGUGGUAGAAGAGGAUGCAGAACAAAGACAGGCCAGAGUCCUGGGGUGGUUCUUGACCAGUAUUUGAGUAUAGUUGAGCCGCUGAAGGUUUGAAACCGUGGCCCUGUUUAAGACAAGAAACUCUUAAAAUAAAUACCCUGUUUAGGACGUCAACCUUCAUUCUAUUAGUCUGUUUAGGAAUAUGGACAGAAUGCACGUAACAGCAAAUUCACGUUAUAGUUAUUGCUUUUUUAUAGAUAAUCAUGAUAACAAUAAUAAUAACAAAUUGUUUAACCAGGGUAAACCCGUCAGCUGAAGCUGUUAUAAAUGGGUGCCCUGGGCAACUAUAAAAUUAACAAUGAAAGGAAACGAUAACUAACAGAUCAACUAUCAGAAAAUGAAAAAACUAUGAACGAUGUCGAUGGAUAAAAACUAAGAAUUAUAUAACUAUGUAAAUUAAGACUUUUAAAACUCCAAAAUAUUUACCAGAACUCUAAAAAAAUAAUAUCAUUAAGCUGUGUUUUAAAAAUCACUAUAGAGUCAACUUCCUUCAGAUGGGGUGACAAGUUAUUGAAAGCCUGGGCUCCAGUAUAAAGUGUUCCUUUCUUGGCAGAUUCUGUGCGGACUUAAGGAAUUAAAAUAUCUAAACCCUUACGCCUAGUGGAAUAAACAUGUGAAGACGUAAUAAAAUAAUUCUUAAAAAGAUCUGGAGUAAUGUUAUGGAGACACUUAAAAACAAAAAUUGUCCAUAGUAGAAUGUACCUUAAGGGAUUUUCAACUUAAUUGGCAUAAAAUUUGAUGAUGACUGAGAUUGGUAUCCUUCAGAACAAUUCUUGCAGCCCUCAUUUGAAGUUGUUCUAAAGAAUUAUAUUAGAUUAUUAUUAGAUUUUUGCAACUGUUAAAAAAAACCUGGCAACAGGUUUAAAACAAAAAAAAAUUUCCACUGAUGUGUCUUUGGCUAGGCACGUUGACGCACGUAAAUUUUAAUCACGUAAAUAAAAUUCCGGCAAUAUAAAAAGUGUUGAGCUUAAACGAGAAGUUGAGCGAGGUUUAACUUUUACGCUUACGAGUGACCUUUCAUGCGUUGCCUCUAUUUUAUUUGCGAACGUAAAUUUUUCGCGCAAAUUACGCGGCACUGGAAAUCAGCCCUUACACAGAUGUGGACAAAAUCAAAGUGGCUAUAAUUCAGUAAGCACACAUAAUUAUGUAAAACAUGCACAGCACAACAGAAGUGCUUAGCUGCACAUUAGGCCAGAAUAACAGAACGAUUCAACAUUGUAAAUAAUAAUUCCAAAGAAGCACAACAACACAACAAAGUGGCUCAACAGAAGCGCAUAAUUUCUUAUAAAGGCAGCAUAACGGAACAACAGGGUAGCAUAACUGCCCAACAGAAUCAUAUAACAGCUCAAUUAGAACAUGAAACAGAGUUCCUAUAUUGGGAUGCUGAAGUACACUUGUAAGAAUAAUUAUUAUGUUAUCAGAAGAUCUCAGAUAAUUUGAAUCAAGAAUCAGUUUUGAGGUUUAAAAGUUCUGUAAUAUAUUUAGGAGCAAGUCCAGUUAAGGCUUUUAAGGUGAAUUUUGGGUAUUUAUUGGUAUAAGCUUCUGGAGGCACCUUGGGAAUGGGCAUGGGAUCCAAGAAGUGGGGCUUCGUACUUGAUUUAAUGAUUAAGUACAUGACAUCAUCACUUAGAGUUGUAAACAAGCUAAAGUGAGCUUAGACCAUAGAGGGUGGCUCCAAAUGUGGAUUAGAGCCAUCAGCAGCUGCAUUGAGUUCAGUGCGAAUGUGUUUGAUAUUCUGCAUAAAGAAGUUCCUGAUGUCAUCUGCUAACACAGUGCUGUCACGGUAUUCCUAAAAGGUCACGUUUAUUCAGAGUUUCUUGAUCAAACAGCAUUUUGGCAGAACUGAACAGUUUGCACUGGUUGUUGCUGUUCACUUGUAUGAAAUUGUUGCAGUAGUUUCUCCGUGCUUUCCUGAUAAUGAAAGGUGGCCUGGGUUUUCUUGGCUUUGAUUGAGAAGUCACUGUGCACUAUCGAGGGCUUCUAUUAGCCUUUCUGAUUCUUCUGUUUGUUUCUGUAGCUUCUUUUUCAUUGCAGUUAGUUCUUUCUUUAAUUAGUUCUGUGUGUUAGCCAGAGCCAAAGAAGCUUUUAAUUCCUUGAGUUCCCGCUCAUUAGAUUUAAGAGAUGACUUUGGUUCUGCCUUAUCUUUAUUGAGUUUGGCAUUUUCCUUCAGGAUGCUCAAAAUUGAAGUUUGGAUGUUCGUCAGCAUUUCUUUUAGCUCCAACAGAAUUGGGUCUUCUUCCUCCAAGCAAUCUUCAAAUACUUCUUCUUUGUCUCCAUCCGCCAUGCUUGGUUUCUUGGCUAAGGUGGGAACUACUUCAGGGCUGAUGGCACGGUCCCUGUUAUUUUUUCUUGUGUUUGUAGACAUAGUAGCAUUAAAAAAGUCAUCGAUAACAAGCAGUAACCCACCAGUGGUUUCCAAAGAGGCUCAAAAGGCAAGGAAGGCGCUUUUUCGUCGGAGCUUAAAGCGCACGUCUGGCUGCCAUGGCAUCACAUGCCUCUCACUAUCAGUCUAUCUGAUUCACAGAUAAAGGACUUCUGUCUUCUUCUGUUAUAUGUAAAACAGUACCACUACGCAUGCAAAACAAUGCAAAAGAAAGCUACUGCAUCCGAAUUUAUAUUCAAGUUAAUUAUUCAGACUCUUAGCUUGAUAAGACUGUGUUCCCCUCAUCCCAAAUGAAAAUGCUUUUUAGGCAGCUCAAACAAAUCUUCUCUAUUCAGUAAAACUUUCUUCUGUAGUAAUACCUUUGUCUGUGUGCACAGUAUAAAACCUUUUUUUGUUUCCUUUUUUUCUUUUCUUUUUUGGUCUCUUUCUACUUGUCUGUGUACUGUAAUAAGUGUAUUAAGCUGUCUAUUGUUGCUUACUUGUACUGUAAAUAUCAUGUAAUUUUGUUUUUUUUUCUUUAAAGUUACUAAUAAAGUUGAAUAAUAUAAUUAUAUAACAACAAAAGGGUCUUAAACGAAAUAUAAAAUCCAGACAAAACAACAAAUGAAAGGUGACAUGUCAAGUACUACAAAUGACUACAAGUGACAAGCUAACUCUUAACCUAACAUGAAGUGCAAAAAAUUAACAAACAAAAUUAACAAAAACGAACACAAAUCACCCUACCAACUAUUCUCUGUGUACUUGUUUUUAAAGAUGCACACAAAUUAUUUUGACGCACACAAUGCAGAGUAUUUUAUCUUUUGUUGAAAAUGAUCUUCUUAAGAAAACACAGGGGGUAAAUGCUGAAGGGCUUAACUUACAUGAUGCAAUCAUAGUUAGUAGUUGACUGCAGUUACAGUCGUAUUCAGGACUAUGUUCACCCGGAUGAUCAUACUCAACCUAAUUAUGAAUUCUGUAAUAUUAGCUCACCAUAUUAAUGACUGCUGUGUUUUUAUUAUUGAACAGGCAUAUGCCUCCUUUAUGAAAGGCAGUGUGAGCAUUGAACUGCAGAAUUGGAAAGAAGCUCUUGAAUUGUUUCGCCAAGCUAAGUGAGUGAUCAAUUUGUAUAUCUUUCAUAGAACAAGUGAUCAAAGAGACAUUAAUAUACAUGUCAUUUUUGGUUUCUCUAUAGUGGUAAAUGUGUAAAUUUCACAGCCAGUUUUACAUGUGAUUCUGAUUGGAUCGGUAGACUUUCAAUGCCAUUUGUGACUGGCCAGGGUCAUUUGUUGUAGUAGAUGUAUUGACCAAUUCCCAUUGAUAAGUGGAGAAAAUACAGUAUGUAAAUAGCACUGUUAAGGAGCAUAUUUCAGUGGUAUUUUAAUCCUGUAGUUUGGUUUUAUGAAUUAAUAUCAUUAUUGAAAACCAGCCUAAAUAAUACGGUACAACCUGCAUGUGUAACAACCACUAAUGAUAGUUGUAAGCAACCAGUUUUUCAGAAUAUCUUUAUAAUAAUCUAAGGAUCAUGGCUGGAACCUCCUUUAGGCAGUUACACUGUAUGGCCAUAAUUUGGGUGAUCAAUUGAGAUCAAUCCACACGUAACAUACCCAGUAAAGUCAGGAACAUUGAACUGUCAAAUAAUCCUCUUUUUGAAGGGUUGCUGUAGCGGUUUGACUGCCUAACAGUUCCUUUGGGCUUAUGAUAAUAAUUGGUCUAUUAUUCAUUCAAAAUAAUUCCUAGUUUAAAAACAUCGCUAAAACACGCUUACCUGCAUCAAUGUUAAGUUCAUCUUCGAUAGUGUACAUGUAGGUUUGUCCAGCUCCGCAAAUAUUCUUCAAAUAGCACAUGUCACCCUCCGAGUUGUCUUCUUGCUGAUAUUGCAUGUUUUUAGCUAUUAUUUUGCCUAGUUCCAGCUGUAGUUCUUACUCUUGAAACGAGUGAAAUGUCUGCCAUUUUUUUUCCACAACCAAAACAACUCAACCUCUUCCCCAGGUCUUCUCGGUAACAGUGCCUUAACUUGUAGCGGGCUGCAUUUUGAACGUUGUUUCCUCGUUAAACACAAAAUUCUUCCAAAUUUGGUCAUCAGUAACUGGUUAUGGUGAAUGAUGCGUGUGCCUUUAGCCAAUCAGAAUCUGGGGAAUAUUUUUAAUGAAUAAUAAUAAUUAAUAAUAAUAAUAAUUAUACCUGUGAGGUAUUCAUCUACAUCAAGUGAUGCCCUAUGAUCUGACCACUUUCCAGAACCACUCGAUGGAAGAGAAGAUUGAUAACAAUAACAACAGUUGCUAAUUCCAUUUUUGUGUGUACAAUGAUCCCUGUAAUUGUAUGUUAUGAUGAAAAUGAAAACACACAUCGGUUACUGCACAGUACGGAUCAAUGAAUGAACAGCUCCCCCUUCUAAGCGUUGUUUUUUUGUUUUUCUUUGGUAUUUGCUGAUCAAUAUAGAACAAUCUAUGAAAAAUUGGCUGGAGCAUUUUCUGAUGAGCAACGUGGCAUGUAUGUUCAGAGGGUGGAAGAGAUCACACCAAACAUAAGUUACUGUGCAUACAAUCUGAAAGAAGGAACUACAGAUAUCAACGAUCUGAUGCAGCUGAGACUGAGUGCCACUGCUUCAGGCGGAACACAUGAUCCAGUGUUAACUGCUAAGAUUGAUGUAAGUCUUUUGUUUUGAUUGGCCUUAAACUGGUAUACCAUUACAGCAAUAAGUAGUGAGGAUGAGUGAGGAUGUGAAAUCUGUACCUCAAGUUUGACAUCAACAUAAAAAUACAACAUUCUUUCUCAAUUACACACCCACUUAUAAAUUUGGCCACAGGGGAUGGAAAGAGGCUUGGUGAUUAUUCAGUUAAUAGCUGGUACACAAAUGUUCUGUUAAUCGAUAAAAAUUUUCUUUUGACUUUUCAUGAAAUGAUGAGAAAGAAGUAAAUUCUUUAAUUUCUUUUAAAAAGACCUUGUUGGUUAAACUUUGUCCUAAUAAUUACAGUUAUAUGAAUUUACUGAGGUCACUGGAGGGAAAAGAUGAUAAGAUGAUAUUAGUCUUUCCCUGAAAUUCUAACAACCUGUGGGCAAGGAGAUUGAAGGUGGUUAUUUGCUAGUUUGGCCAAUGUAAUGACAUCUUGGAGAACCCAUAGAUAGGAAGUGGGGUUCAGGGAAAAUUCUACAAUGAAACAUUAAUUGUACCAUUUCCGGUGUCCAGUACUGUCUGCACCUGGAUAUCUGAGGAAGAGAGGUUGGGCAAAAAUCUCACUGAUAAAUAUUCAGUUCUUCCUAUGUCUGAGAGUUUAACAUGUAUUACUGCCUACAAGAUACCUUUAAUAAAGGGAAAUGUCUUAAGGUAAUACCACUUGCUAAAGUUGUUUUGUUUUAAAGUAGGACAGGUUUGUUUAAUAGUUUUUUACAUUAGUGGCUACAAAUGAACAAUCAGAAACUAUUGAUAUUUGUGUGAAGGUGCAUGAUGAUUUAAAUUCAUAAUGUGUUUCAGCUCAUUCUGUGAAAUUAAUUACAGUUGUGACCCACCACUGAUAUUAAAUUGGCAACUACUGUUACAUUUGUCAGCAGUUACAUAUCACAAAAGAGACCAUUAUUAUUUUUUGACUUAUAUGUACAUGUACCUUUUAUUACAUUUGGUGUCAAUUCAGUAUUACAGUUGGCGUAUUUUUUAUAUUUCAUUAGGGUCCUUGUUGCAUUUGGCACCAAUUUUGAAAUAUGUAUUCUCGGCGGAGCUAAAUUUUAUGUAUAAAUUUCUAUGUAAUGUUCAGGAAGUCAUUGCUCAGACUCGAGAUAAAGAGGCUGCCAGUAUGACUGAGGUCAGCUGGCGUGGCAGGACUGUGCCAGUCAAGAAUGAGAAAGUGCGUUCAUUCAUAUUGCAUGCACAGCAAAGUGCUAGAGAAUUGGACAGAGCUGAGACAUUGGACAGCAAGUUAACAUUAUAUGAUGAUUUACUGAUGGAAUGUAAAGAUGCCCUGCAAGCGAUCAAGGAUGAGCUGAAAGUGGACACAGUGAGUUCUGACUUUCUUUUGUUGAAAUUCUUAAUUCCUAAUACCCAAGUCUUAGACUGGUAUGAGACAGCAGUUGCCUUAUAUACGUGUGUGAAGUUGGUCAAAUUUAAACAGUGUGUCAGCCAAAGCGAAAAAACAUUUUCCACUGAUGAGUUCCUUCUAUUUUCUGUCUGAUAAAAUCGUUUCAGCUGUCGUUUGGUUUUGGAAAAAGAUUCAGAUAAAUCGGCAAAAAUCUACAAGAAAAACGACAGUUCUAACUGAGCCACCAUACUGUGUACUUAUCAAGUCAUUAAAUGAUUCGUGUUGUGCAUAUUUGAAACGUAUAUAUCCAGCUCCAGUUGCUGGAUAGCACUGUCCACCAGAUAAAUUACCAUCCAGCGGAUCAGUAUUAGUUCUUUAUGGAGUGUGUAUACCCUAUCUGGCCAGGCGUACACUAAAUGUAGAGCAAAAUUUAUGGUGUUGUUUAAGAUUAUUUGAUUUGUAUGUGGUGUAAAGUGAGGGAUUUUCUGUCCCGUUUGGACAAGUAUAACAUACACGUGUAACGAGUAUGGACUGUGUCAAUUUGUGUGUUAACCCUUAACAGAGUGAAUGUUUGGGUCUUGUAUGGUAGUUCCAACAAUUGAGUCUGGGAACAAAAUCCUGUCGUAUUACCAUUUAAAUGAAACACUGCAAAAGAUGAUCUUGUGGAAGUGAAAGGAUCAAAGUUGAUUGGUAUCUGUUUUUGCAGGUUUCUGGAAAGCUGCGUUCUCAAAAGACGGAGACACAAGUUGGAAACAUGCAAUUCCUUCAUACUUACAUUACUUUCAUCCGCUUAAGUAAAACAGUUCAAAGGAAUUUGCUGAUGGCAGAGUCAAUGAAGUCCAGUUUACCAGCCACCCUGCAGCUGCAUUCUGUGGAGGAAGGGACCUCGCCAGAAGCAGGCCCUUCUGGCAGAAAGACUGCUAAACCAGAGGACCUUGUGCGGAUAUAUGACACUAUUUUGCAGGUGGGAACAUAGGUUAAGAUUAUUGAUUUUUAUAAAGUCAAACUACCUCCAUUCUUCACAAUGGUCACGUCUUUUGUGCUGGCAAACAGGCCAGAGCCCAUAUAUUCACUCUUGUGUGAACCUCUCUCCCACAGUUAACUCUCUUAAUGUCCGUAUUAGUGUCUGUAAGUUGCAGUUACAUAAUCUCUUAACGUUUUGUAUCCAUCGUUUGGUAGCAAGAGUGCUUUUUAUAAGUUUUGUAUUAAUACGAAACAUCUAGCUAUAGCAACUAUUGCAUUAUUGCUCGAGCUUCCAAAGGAAACGCCCGAGCUUGAAAAUGGGCUCUUUUUUUUCUCCUGGCACAAAUUGCCCUCUGGCGUUUUCUGCGCGUGCGCAAGAUAUAAGAGUAUGCUAAAAUAGGUCAGCGGACUAAAGCAGAGCACACAGGGCCCCUUGUCUUGGGCGAGCAAAGCCUUCUGUCUUUGGUGUAUAAAACUCACUGUUGUCGUAAGAGUGAAUUCGGUCAUUUCUUACAUGCGAAAUCUUUAAACCAAAUGCAUAGGCUGUUUAUCUGUAGAUCUACAGUAAAAGAUGGCGAGUGUAGAUUUGGAACGGUUCAGUUCAUUUUACUGACUUUACAAGACCAAUUUACUACAAACACUUCCGAGUGAACCUUACAGAGAAGCCCUCUUGAAGUAGGUGAACUACCCGCGGAAUUUGAACAGAGUGUUUGUGAUGAACUUUAACUUAACUUUAACUUUAUAGCGGAGCUCUCGUUUGCGUGGAGCGCGUGCAGCGGAGCACCGUAGAUAAGAAAAUUUAGCUAUCUACCCAUCCGAGAUAAAUUGGUUAUGACGUCAGCGUACUCCGUCCGUCCGUACACUCUUUGGGGGUGAAGGAAGGGAAUCAGGUGUCUGCCCGUUGGGGGCGGAGUAUGAUAUAUUUUCUUGGCGGGAAAUCGUGCGAUGCAUUUGUGGAACCCUCGGUGACCACUGUCGUCGCGUUUAAAAACUUGUUUACUUUAAGAAUUUUGGGACCGUGGCUGUCGAAAACAUUUUUAUGGCAACAAACAAUAGCGGAUCAAAUUCAACGUGUUUGCUUAUAAGCAGAGAGGAAGAAUUAUCAGGCGAAGAGCUAGCAAAGAGAAUCGCCGAAGAGAAGUGUCUAUGCUGCAUCUUGAGACUUGUUUACUGACAGCUGCAGAGUUUUAUAUCAUCUUAUUAUGAUUUAGCCGUCUUUUUCUACUGGAUCUACUCAAAUACAGCUGCUAUCAAGAUUCGUUUUUUACUCUUUGCUGGCGUGUUUAAUGGGUUUUUGGUUGAGAAAUGUGCCGCUUGAAAAAAGUAAGCUUUCAAAAAUAAGCUUCUCUUAGUACUUGCCUUGCUGGAUGCGUAAAAGGGUGAAGAAUCUUCCGCGAUUUUGGCCUUAGUCGAUGGCUAUCACUAGCUGCAUCUCGACCAGUUAGCUUGAGUAAUUACAGUAUUGCAUUUGAUGUUUUUUUUUCUGGUUUAAUGUUCGUGAAGUCGAGCAUUGUCUAUGCCAUCACUUUACGCACAUUCAUUUGGUAAGAUUUGAGACAAUGAUCUGACCUAGUAUAGAAUUUAUUAAGUCUCUAGACAUUUUCUGACUGCGAUUAAAAAGAAGUCGUUCUGAAGAAUAUUUAGAUUAUUUCGACCUCUAGGUUGUAAAAAGAAGCUAUGAGCGAUGUUCUUGCCCCGAGUUCAUCUUGAAAAACAGCAACAGAAACAGGGCGAAAAUCUGCAAGGUUUUAGUCGUGACUCAGGAUUUUCAGAGCCACUUCAAUACAUAUCUUCGUGAAUAAACAUUGUUGUCCUUUUAAAUGUUUCAUUGAAUUAUAUUAUUUCUUUGUCUUGAUUGUUUGUCAAGAUCUCUUUUUUAUCGCUUUUCCGGUUGUCGUUUUCAGUCGUACAUGAACAUCGCAUGCAGGAGAACUAAUGUCGCGUAUAUCAAAUGAAUAUGGAGUUAAGAAGUAAAAGCGAGAAAAGGCGGCACGCCACGUGUAAAAAGGCGGGUUUACGUGCUACCAUGCCAGCACCAGAUUUGUAAAGUAAACUUGCAGCCUACACAAAAAAAAAUCUGGCCUGAUUCAGUUUUCACUUUGGCCUUUCCUUUAGACAGAGAGAGGAAAAAAAAUAAGUUUCUAGUACUAUUUGUAAAUUGGCUGUUCCGAGGACUAUCGUGUCUUAACGGCCAUUAUAGUAUAAAAUCAUAUUUUGGGACUGUCUACUUAACGUUAUAAAAUAAAGGUGGUGUAGGUGGGCAAAUAGGUCCUUUUGCUUGGGAAGAAUUUGUUUUACACGUCUAAUCUACCGUGGUCGAAGGUGAUUGCUAUUUUUUGUUUGUAAGGUUUUAGAUCUUGUUUUAUUCUUGCACUGUUUGACAAUUUUUUUUUCUUUCAAAAACGUAUUAAUAAUUCAUGAGCUCAACAACCUAUCACAACGUCAUUGUGUCAUUUUAUGGUGUACAAGUCGAACGAUGAUCGGCCUGGGUGUACGACCUCUCUUGCCAGUACGGUGGGAAGGGCUUAAAUGGUCUGAAGACGCUAAUACCAAGUUGAUUUAAUAGGAAAGAAGUCAAUUGCUUUCGCGUUGGUAUCUUCAGGGUCAGUGACAGUAGGCUCAGAGAUUCCAAAUAUCCGGAUGUUAGUACUACGAGUAUACUGUUCUAAAUCAUCUACUUGUUCGCCUAGCAUGGCAUUCGCUUCCUCCAGACCGGCGAUUGUUUCUUGCCAAGCUUUAGUAAUUUCCUGUAAUUUCCCAACCUCGAACUAAAGGGUUUUAGGUAGCGAGCUUUUCAACUGAGUGUAAGAUACGUAUUCACCAACAGCGGUACGAGCAUAAGCCAUAACGAGAUCCUUUGUAAGCUGAGGAAGAGUAGUAGAAAUCCAUUCAUUUAGUUUAGUCUCAAAAUGGGACCAACUCUCUUCUGACCAAUUCUGGUUCAUCGCUGACCCAGAAAUCAGGUCUUGAGAAGCCGCUUGUUGGUUGUGAGGGGCUGCUCUGGUCUUUCCCAUGAUGAAGAGGAUGAGUAAAUCGUUAAAGUAAAAGAAAAGAGACUAGAAGGUAUUACGCUUCUCUACAUAAUCUCCAAAAGUUGGGGAUUAGAGGAGCAUCAAAAACCAUACGUCCAUCUUGUUGAGAACCGCUGAUCAGAGUCAGAAUAUUGUUCAAGACUCUUGACUAAUAUUUAAGGUGGCCCGAACCUAUUUAUAUGCGUGUUGGUUACAUUUUUGAUUUGCGUUUUUCAGAAUGAAAGAUUCCACCGAUUUCUGUGAUGUUUGGCAUACCAAAUAAAUAAUGAUGGAACUUUAAGAAAAUGUUAUUUUUUUUCUUGUAGAUAUAAAAACCUUUGAGAUAUCGACAUUUAUUUAAAACCACAUUUUUACUAAAAAUGUAAAUAACUUCGAAAUCCCACGACGGAUUUUUCUUUAACUUUAGCAAAUAAGUCUCAGAGCUCUCUAGUUUUACAUCUGCACGUUUGAAUGCAAUCGUGACCGUAGAACUCGCUGCACAAAAUGCUGGUCAAAUUUAACCUUAAAAUGCUACGCUAACACAUUUGUGAAAGGUCACGCACGAAUAGAGGUAGAGUGCCGACAGACUAUCUCCUCCGUGAAAGGAUAUUCCUACCUAAAGCUUUAUUGCAAGAAACAGAGUAAUCAGAAUGUUAUGGCAAACAUAGUUAGCACGGCAAGAAGAACAACUUUAUGCUGAGUGCGUGGUAAUAUUACAGAACUUCUAUUCAUCAAGCUUACGUUGUAUUUGUCUCUCUCUUUUGGAAACAAAUCUUAACAAAGCAAAAUAUAGCGUCUACGAAAAACUAUCAAGCGUUUUUAUCGUCGCAGGUUCUUGUUUUGAAGAGAAAAGGCCACCAACUCCAGUACUUCUAACCAUCCAUUUUUCAGCUGCAAGGAAAACCCUUGUAUUUGGUAAUUUAUUCAAGCUUUUUAGACUUGCCAUCACAUUCGCACGGGAAGUUUACCACUUGGGAAUAAAGAUGAAGACAAAUUUGACAAUCGUCUUAUUCUUCUCAUUAUCCCCAACUGCAAACUGCCUGUAAACCAGUGUCAAGAUGCUGCAUACAUUUUCCGCAUGAACUCACCUGUCAAAGUUUGACCAAUAAGAGCCUAAAUAUUGGGCGCAGAGCGUGACCAACGCGUGACCAUGCUAAGAAAAGGUCUUCCCCGCCUGUCUUUUUAAAUAACUAGCUGAAUUUUCGCGUCCAUGGUUAGUUUGAAAUCCAAAUCUGAAUAGUGCGACGCCAUGGUGACAUAAACACAACAUAUUAUAUAUAAAUUAAAAAAAUAAUAAACUUGAGCCUGCGAACAUUUGAAAACCAGUAACUUGUCAGCGGAUAACUUAAAAAAAGUACUCAACCUCGAUGGGUCAGUUUUGUGUCAACUUGUGAUGUUUUUAAAUGUCUUUUUCCACUGGAUGUACAAAAUGAAAUACAGCUGCUAUCAAGAGUCUUCUGUUAUUCAUGGCUAGUUUGUGUAUUGGUUUUUUGGUUGAGAGAUGCGUCGCUUGUCAAAGUCGGAAAUCCGAUUUCGGAUGGCAUCGUUUUCGUUUUCGUUUUUCACCUUGCUUGAUGCGUAUUAAAGAGGAUUCAAAAUUCUCAAGCGAUUCUCGCGUUUUUUGAUAGCUUUCAGGAGCUGCAUCUCGAAUAGUAAGCCUGAGUAAUGAUUGCAUUUGAUGUUUGUUUUUUUAUAUCUAAUUUCAUGUAGUCGAGCAGUUGAUGAGGCAAGCUUAUGCACGUUUGUAAGAUUUGCGACAAUGAUCUGACCUAGUAUCAGGUUUGAUAUAAGCGUACAGAACUUUAAAAAGCCCUUAGAUGUAUUUUCUCACCGCAAAUAGAAAGAAAACGUUCCGAAGAAUAUUUAGUCAUAAAUUUGGCUGUAGAAAAAAAACUUUGAUUAAUUUUCUUGCCUCGAGGUCAUCUUUGAGAAAAGCAAACACCAGGAGGCCGGCUUAAAACAUAAACUAGCUUGUAGACUCAGGAUUUUUAGAAACGCUUUAACACUUGUCUUCGUGAAUGAAAAUUUUUGUCUUUGUAAAUGUGUCAUCGAAUUACAGUUCUUUUAUUGAUUGUUAGUAGUCUCUCUUGCGAUUUUAAUCGCUGUGGCGUUUGUUUUCAGUCGUUCAUGAACAUCGCUUGCAGGAAUUAACUCAAAAUGCCGCGCGUGUCAAACGCUUUUUAAGAUUACACAUCGUUAUAAAACCCUUAAAUAAAAAAAAAACAUAAUAAAUUCUUUAUUAUGUUGAAGCGUAACUCUGUUAAUGUUCACUGCAAAUUUGGCGCUUGUCAAAAGUGAGAACUGGCUGGCCGUGUAAGUGAUUUUGGAAAUUUUUUGAAGCGUUUCGCUAAAAGCCCACAAUUGAUCGUCCUGAAUAUUGACUGAGUGCAAUUUGUCUUGAAAAAUUAUGAAAUACAGCACUCUUUCCGAGGUCUGUAGGAUAAAUCGCACUGUUUCACCUUAGAUGUGAUGUAUAAAAAGCAUAAAAGGUUGGUUUACACACCCCCGGAUUUGUUGGCAAGAUUUUGUAAAGUAAACUUGUCGAAAUCAAAAAAUUCCGUCUGAUUUGUUUUCCAAGAAUUUUUUUCCAGGCCUAAUCUACUUUGAUCAAGAGCCAUUACGGCUCUUGAAUGUGAUCGAAGAUAAUUGCUAUUUUUUUGGGUGUACAUAUGGCUAUCAACUCGAUGUACGAUGUUUCACUCUAAAAUCACUUAGCCUUUCCCUCAAAAGUCACAUGAAUUUGCCCUUAAGUUAACUGAUUUGUGGAUUACAAGUUUGUUGUUUCAUUUAAAUAAGAAAUUUAUCAAUGGGAGCUUCGCCUUUAGCCCUGGCUAAAUCUAUACAUUAUUGGUGGUCUUUACACUUGAGCCUAAAUAAGCUAAGAAAUAUUUCAGAAAGCUUUACACACAACUUAUCUUGUUUACUUCAGGUUUACUUAAGCCUUUUUUUCCCACACAACAUAAUUAAGAUUGAUUGACAUGCUUCGCCUUUCUCAAAGCUUAGAAACCGCAAGUUCGGUAAGUCGGUUUUAAGGAUGGUUUUCAAGUCACUUGAAACUUUCUUGAAUCAUUUCAAUUUUCCGACUUUAAUGAGAUGCAAAGAAAAGUUACUUGAGAUUUUACUUAGGCCUUCACACGUAUUUUUUGGUUAAGUAAAAGUUAGCAGCUCUUAAGUCUUACUUAACAGCCUAGUGUAAAGGCAACCAUUAUCUUAAAUGUCCUGAUUUUUAUGAUUUUGUAGAACCUGACUGACAUGGCUGAAUUACCAGGAAUCAAUGAAGACUUGACUUUCUCCAAAGAAAUUGCGGCUAAAAUUCUUCAGUACAAAGCUCAAAGGUUUGGCACGAUCCACUUAUUGCUACGAGCAGUACUCAACGUGACGCCAAUGCCCACGAAGCCUUGGUUUGUUACCACCCUGCGUGGUGUGUGUCGAAAGGGCUAGGGGAGAAAGGGCCAAGGGGAAAAAUGGAGAAGAGUCAGGGAGGCCAUUGAAAUAUUUUGUCGGGCUCCAAUAUUGAACAGGGGCGCUGGUUACGAGCUCCCCGCGAUCUGUCGGGACGUUAUACCACAUGAUUCACAGUAUAAAUCACGUGCCAAAACGCCCAAAUCCAUCACUUGAUAAAGAUUCCUCGUUGGAAUCGAAAGGUUUUUCUUUCCUGUAAAUUGAAUCUUCGUUUCAUUGUAAACAGACACAGUGAUGGCCAUAGCAUGAUACAAUUGAUGAAGAUUCACCACAAGCAUACCUACAAUCGGCGACAAAAUUGUUGAGACAUACUUAAAUAGGGUAUUUUCGGAGAACAAAAGAAUCCCCACCCCUCCCCUGUCCCCUCCAUUCAAAGUUGGGGUGUUUGUUGUUUUCUACAGGUAGCUAGAACAAGGGCGCAACAUUGCACGGAGGGGAUGGGGGAGGAAAGCUAUAUUUCCUCCUUUUGAAGUUAAUAAAACGUAAAAAAGCCAAGUUUUGGGCGAAGUGUCUCAACUCAUUUUGUCGCCGAUUGUAUGUAAAGCGAUCGCCCUCGAUAGCAAGUGACCCUAUAACGAAAGAUGACUUCUUGAUAUUUAAUAAGUUAAUAUUGGUUAACUUAAGCCUUCUUUAUCCGGUAGAAAGACAGUUCGAUUUCACUGUUAAUCCGCUGUUUUUCUUGUAGGUGCUUAUUUGUGGCACAUUCGUAUCUGUUUUCCAAGAAGUGGCCCGAGGCAGUGUCAUUAUAUGCCCGUGUAGUUAGUCACGC